CCAUCAUUGUCACAGAAACUGAGGCUGCCAACACAUUUUUCCAGCCGCAGGACUAGAGUCAUGACUGACCUGCAACGUUUUGUUGUAAGCGUCCGCAUCAUUGGCGCUGUGAUCAGGGUCACCCCAAAACUCAAGACGUUUAUGCUGUCCGUGCUGUGGUCAGAUGAAGCUGAAGUCAUUGUAUACCGGUCUUUCGGGGAUUUCAAGAAACUUCAUAUGCAGCUGAAAAAGAAGUUUCACCACACAAUUAUCCACAAAGUGAGAACAAUUCCCAAAUUCAGAGGAAAGGCCUGGAAGAGCAGCCAGCAGAGGGGAUCCAAGCGCCCCGUAGUUCGAAUGCAGUUCCUUGAGAGCUACUGCGACAAGCUGCUGAAAUGUGACCAGUCUGUCACCCAGAGUUCAGAGGUCAACCAGUUCUUCACUCCCAAAGACCAUGAUCUGCAGCCAGAUUUCACCAAGAACAGCAUCAUGAUCAUGCCCUCGGAUGACCAAAACAAUGGAGAUGGCAGCGGAGAUGUCCACCGCCGCUCUGUUGGGAAUGUCACUCAGCCGUUCGCCACACAAAUUUACCGUUGUGUUGAAGCAUAUGAGACAAAGGAUAGUAAAAACCGCCCCUUCAAAGUGGCGGUGGAUGAAAAGCUGGACGUCCUGAUCAAAGACCCUGCAGGUUGGUGGUUUGUGGAGAAUCAGGAAAAACGCUUGGCUUGGUUUCCUGCUCCAUACCUGGAGCUGCUUGGAGAAGAAGAAGAUGAUGAUGAUGGCGCCCUGUCUGCAGGGGGUCUGUACCGGGCCAUAAGAAGUUACUCAACUACGAAGAGCGACGAGGUGUCCGUGCCCAUCGGCUCGGUGGUUGAGGUGCUGAGACAGUCUAACAACGGCUGGUGGCUCAUCAGGUUCAACAGGAAAUCGGGUUAUAUUCCCGCCAUGUAUCUGCAGCCGUACAAUGACCCACACGCUGCCUUCCAAAGGAAGAUGCACAGCUCCACCCUGAACCUGGACGCCAGCCUGGGCUCUGAGGCCUUCUAUCCUGCCAUUCGUGCCACUUCAACAGUUCAGUCCGGGCGGCUGCUGAAAGCCCAGUCCCUGGAUGUCCUCCCUGAGAACUGGUCUGAGAGCUUCCUGACAGGGAACUCCUCUGAAGGUCGCAGUGCCAGCCGAACCAGCGCCGAGUCCAGCUUUUCCAGCUUUUCCGCACAGAGUGAAAAUUCAUCGAGCUCCCAAGACGACACAAAGCUCCACCAGCCCGCAGCAUCUCCUCAGGCUUCUGACAGCGACAGCGGGAGCCUGGACCUCAGCAUCUCAGAUAGCCACAGCUCUGAUGAAUCUGUCUCCGGGCGCAGCGCCCCCAGAGUGCCCACCAGACCCAAACAGGAGGAGAUCAUGACUCGCUGCACCACCAUGACCCGAAAGGCAGCCCUGGCAACCAAAUCCAGGCUCCUGCUGCAACCCAGUCGCUAA